CUGAAAAUAUGCGAUUUUGGAUUAUCAAUUAAGAGUGAACAGUUGGAAAACGAAAAAGAGAUUCAACUACCAACGAAAUGGCUGGCACCGGAGGCCAUUAAAUUAAGGCAAUUCACUACCAAAAGCGAUGUUUGGGCAUUUGGUGUAUUACUGUUUGAGAUAUUCACCGAUGGCAAUGAACCUUAUCCUGGUCAAUCCAAUGCGGAAGUUCGCGAAAAGCUGACUGAUGGCAGUUUAUUUCGAAUGGAAAUACCGUUGGACAUUCCUCCUGGAAUCGCAGAACUGAUCAAGAAAUGCUGGCUGGAGGAGCCAAAACAGCGGCCAACAUUCAGAGAAAUCUAUCGAACACUCACCAAAAUUUCAUUCCUCUAA